CUCUGGCCGCCCAGCUGGCCAAGGAGACCCGAGGCGUCGCCCUGGGUGCUGGGUCCCUGCCUUCGGAGAUAGCCUUGGCCAUCCCGCCUCCCUGCCCGCCGGGAUUCCGGGAGCCCUUCCCCGUGGGCCCGGCGCCAGGAUCCCACCUGCAAAACCAGCCUCAGACCCCACCUCCUUCGCUCGGCUCUCGCUCGGCUGCCGGGGGGUGGGCGUCCUCCAGGGGCCCUUGUCCUGGGCCAUGGCCCAGAGGGCAGAUCUGGGGCCUGGGCAGCUGAAGACGCUGGCCAUUCUGCUCUUGCUGCGAUUUUCCCGACCCGCCAUGGCCACCUGCGGCGUAGCCCCACAAGCGCGCAUCACAGGCGGAAGCAGCUCGGCCCCUGGUCAGUGGCCCUGGCAGGUCAGCAUCACCUACAACGGCGUCCACGUGUGUGGUGGUUCUCUUCUGUCCGAGCAGUGGGUGCUGUCUGCUGCUCACUGCUUCCCCAGCCUCUGCCCAUGUGCCCGCAGAGAGCACUCCAAGGAUGACUAUGAGGUGAGGCUGGGUGCCCACCAGCUGGACUCCUUCAACCCUGACGCUGUGGUCAGCACCGUGGCCCAGGUCAUCACCCACCCCAGCUACCAGCAGGAGGGCUCCGAGGGCGACAUCGCGCUCUUCCGCCUCAAAAGGCCCGUUGCCUUCUCCCGCUCCAUCCGCCCCAUCUGCCUCCCGGCCGCCAACGCCUCCUUCCCCAAUGGCCACCAUUGUACGGUCACUGGCUGGGGCCACGUGGCUCCCUCAGUGAGCCUGACAGCCCCCAGACCUCUGCAGCAGCUGGAGGUGCCUCUCAUCAGCCGGGAGACGUGUAACUGUCUGUACAACAUCAACUCCAAGCCCGAGGAGCCCCACUUCAUCCAGAAGGACAUGGUGUGUGCAGGCUACGUGCAAGGGGGCAAGGACGCCUGCCAGGGUGACUCCGGGGGCCCGCUCUCCUGCCCUAUGGGGGGCCUCUGGUACCUAGCAGGCAUUGUGAGCUGGGGCGACGCCUGUGGGGCCGCCAAUAGGCCUGGCGUGUACACGCUGACCUCCAGCUACACCUACUGGAUCCAGUACCACGUGUCCGACCUCCCCUCGCAUGUGGUACCCCAGACCGAGGAAUCCCUGCCUGACGACCACCUCUGCCGGAACCAUCACCUUCGGCCCCACAACUCUGCCCCGGGGCCAAGUGGGCUGCGGGGGUCCGCUCGCAUGCUGCUGCUGCUGGGCCUGGCCCUGAGCCUCCUCUGCCGGUGGCCAUAGCAGAGCUCACUGCCGCCAGUGCUGCUGGGAGCAAGGCCCGCCCCCGACUGACAUUAUCCAAGGACAGAUACCCGUUCCCAGGGGGCCCAACUUGCACCCCUCCUUCCUCUGGGGGCCCCUGCUGGAGGUCAGGGAAGCACCCAAUCUUCUGAAUUUGCCCUUGGGGCCUACAGCCCAAUCUUGGGUUUUCUUGCCUGUGGAAGCCCCGCCCUCCAGCUAGCCGCCCGCCUGUUGGUUGGACUCCUAUGGAGCCCCCUGGGAUCCUGGGCUGUGAGUAUGGGCUCAGGCCCCCCACCUUGCUUCUGGAAGACUGGCCGCUGAAGGCCUGGCUAUGGGCCACCACUGGGUCUGUGUGACACUGUCCAUCCCUCCGCCAGCUUCCUGCCUUCCUUCGGGGCCCGGGCUGCCUUCUGGGCAGCAUGUCCCCCAGGACCAGGGAGCCCCGCCAUCUUGCCUGUGGACUGCCGUGCCCCACCCCCACCCUUAAGCCCUAACUCCUGGACUCCGGUGGAAUGAGCCCCCUCGGAACUGAGCUGGGCCUUGGACCUGGUGGGGGAGGGGGGGAAGAGCAAGGAGUAAAGUGUCUGAAGCACAA